AUGAGUGACACGAAAGGCAGCAAGAAACACAACAGCAGCAGCAACUACGAGGAGCGUGUAAAGCACGUGUCGAUCAUUGCAAAGCCUUUGGCUUCUAAAAAGCAGACCAAACGUGCCUACAAAGUGGUCAAGAGAGCUACCAAGGUCAAGGGUAUCAAGCGUGGCGUUAAGGAGGUUGUCAAGGGCAUCCGUAAGGGUGAAAAAGGCAUUUGCAUUAUUGCUGGAGAUAUUUCACCCGUCGACGUCAUUUCGCAUAUUCCCGUGCUCUGCGAGGAGAACGAUAUUCCGUACAUCUUCACCCCGUCCAAGGUGGAUUUGGGCGUAUCGGCGCUAUCCAAGCGACCCACGAGCUGCAUAUUGAUCACACCUAAGAAACCGGGAUUUAACGCACAGGAAGCUUACGACGAGCUGUUGGAGGACGUCAAGCUGGUCCAGCCGACGUAUUAG